AUGGGAGUAAAUGGUGCCCUUGGUGCUGACGGAGGAAACCCAAGUGACAUUGGCAAGCUGGGCAAUAGCAUCGGCAGAAGAAAACUAGGCGUCAGGUGCACAAGCGAAGCCAAAGGUGGCAUGGGCAAUGCCAGGUACACGGGCAACGUCGGAGGUAGCGCUGGUAAUGUUAGAAGCGGCCUGGGCGGCGCCAGGGGCUUGGGUGAUGUCAGAGGGAACGCAGACGGCACCAGAGGUGGCCUAGGCAGCGUUAAGGGCUUGGGUGAUGCUAGUGGACAACGUCAGGGGUGCAGAGCGCCCAUUCUAACGGAGGCAUGA